GUCAAUGUCAAAGUAUGCGCACGGCGCGUGUUAUUAUUUUUGCAAACAGAGAGGUUAGAUUUCAUUUUCAGCUCAAAAAUAUUUUUUAUUGGUAUUGAUUGCUAAGAAAAAGGUCAAAAACUAAGAAUUCCGUAAAAUGUCUAAUGUAAAAAUAAAAGUUAUAAGCAGAAACCCUGAAGAUUACAUGCGAGCGACUAAAAAGGAUAUACACAAACUGCCUAGAAAUUACGACCCCAGCUUACACCCACUUGAAGCACCGCGAGAAUAUGUACGAGCUCUUAAUGCUGUCAAGUUGGAAAGAGUGUUUGCGAAGCCAUUCGUGGGGAACCUAGACGGACACAGAGAUGGAGUUUCAUCUAUGGCUAAGCAUCCUAAUAGGCUAGCAGUUCUGGCGAGUGGGGCCUUCGAUGGGGAGAUCAGAGUAUGGGAUUUGGCUGCUCGAAAGUGUACCCGCAAUUUUGUAGCUCACGAGGGUUGGGUCCGUUCUCUUUGUUACACACCGAGUGGGGAAUGCUUCACUAGCGUUGGCGAUGAUAAAACUAUCAAAUUAUGGAAGAGUGAGGUUCAGUCACCCGAUGACGAGGAUCCAGUCAACACAUUACUGAGUAUGUCUGUUGUGACUGGUGUAACUCAUAAUAGAGUGAAGCCAAUCUUUGCCACUUGUGGGGAACAUUGUCAACUGUGGGAGAAUACAAGGAAUGAACCAGUCAAAGUUUUUAAGUGGGGUGUUGACAGUCUCCAUCAUGUAGCAUUUAAUCAGGUGGAACACAAUUUGCUGGCAUCUUGUGCAAGUGACAGAAGCAUAAUUUUAUAUGACUGCCGUGAAUCAGGUCCUCUCAGGAAAGUUGUCAUGGAAUUGAGGUCCAAUGCUUUAGCUUGGAAUCCCAUGGAGGCCUUCAUAUUCACUGUAGCUAAUGAAGACUACAAUUUGUACACUUUUGAUGUGAGGAAACUCGACCAUCCCAUUAACAUUCACGUAGACCACACAUCAGCAGUUAUUGACGUUGACUAUGCACCUACUGGCAGAGAAUUUGUGGCUGGCAGCUACGACAAAACUGUCAGAAUAUUUGAAAGUCUCAAAGGACAUUCUAGAGACGUCUAUCAUACAAAGAGAAUGCAAAGACUGACCUGUGUCAAGUGGUCUUUGGACAACAAAUAUGUACUCUCCGGGUCUGAUGAAAUGAAUAUUAGGAUGUGGAAAGCCAGAGCUUCUGAAAAACUUGGAGUUCUCAAGCCCCGUGAAAGGACAGCUUUACAUUAUGCAGAUGCUUUGAAAGAAAAGUUUGCUAACCACCCUCAAGUUAAACGGAUUGCUCGUCACAGACAUGUUCCUAAACAUGUGUACAACGCUCAGAAGGAACAUAGAAUCAUAAAAGAGAAGAACAAGAGGAAAGAAGCCAACAAAAGAGCCCACAGUAAAAAGGGAGCCGUGCCACAUAUUUCUGAGCGAAGAAAACAUAUUGUUAAAGAAGAUAAAUAAAAAUAAGUUUUUAAUGACA